AUGUCGUGGAUGGACAACAUCCUUUUGCUGUCCGACAGCUACAAGGUGAGCCACUGGCGCCAGUACCCCCCAGGCACGCAGUAUGUCUACAGCUACUUCGAAAGCCGUGGGUGCGAACGAGAGGGCUGGGAGGAAGUCUGCUUUUUCGGCCUGCAGUACUUCUUGAAGCGCUAUCUGUGCGGUAAAGUGGUCACCCGAGAGAAGAUCGACGCAGCGGCGAAAAUGUACGCGCAGCAUUUUGGUGAUGGGCAGAAUGAGAACCCAGACUUGUUCUACAGGGAAGGCUGGGAAUAUAUCCUCGAGAAGCAUGGUGGCAAGCUGCCGGUCAAGAUCAAGGCGCUGCCAGAGGGUACUGUAGUUCCAACCAAGACAGUGCUCAUCACAGUGGUGAACACUGACCCUGCUUGCUUCUGGCUCACGAACUUUCUGGAGACGCUCCUUGUGCAGGUCUGGUACCCCAUGACCGUUUGCACGAACAGCCGCUACCAGAAGAUGUCAAUCCAGCAAUACUUGGAGGAAACCGGCUGUGAAGACUGGGCCCCUCCAGGAGGUACAUCGUACAAGCUGCAUGACUUCGGCUUUCGCGGAGUCUCCUCCGUGGAAUCUGCCGCUCUUGGCGGAAUGGGUCACUUGGUAAACUUUAUGGGGUCGGACACCGUGAUUGCCCUCUCUGCAGCUCAAGAGUAUUACAGUGCCAAGAAGGCAGUGGGAUUCUCCAUUCCUGCCUCGGAGCACUCCACCAUCACUUCUUGGGGCGUCGACGGCGAGCUCGACGCCAUGCGAAACAUGCUGGAUCAGUAUCCAACAGGCCUGGUGGCUUGCGUCAGCGACUCUUUCGACGUCUUCAAAGCCUGUAGGGAAUACUGGGGCGGAGAAUUGAAGGACAAGAUCAAAGGUCGCAUCAGUGAGACCAGCUUUGGCCAGCUGGUUGUGCGACCCGACAGCGGAGAUCCUGAAGAAACCUGUGUCGCCAUCAUGAAGAUCUUGCUGGAGUGCUUUGAAGAUGAUGUCACCGUCACCAAGACUGGACACAAGUUGCUCCCGCCAUAUAUCCGGGUGAUUCAGGGUGACGGCGUUGACUACGAAUCCAUCCCGAAGAUUCUGAAGCGCUUCAAGGAAGAGGGCAUCGCUGCUGCAAACAUCGGCUUUGGAAGUGGCGGUGCCUUGCUGCAGAAGGUCAAUCGUGAUACCUUCAAGGUGGCGUUUAAGUGCGCGGAGAUCACACUUGAGAGCGGCGAGGCCAGAGAGGUCUUCAAGGAUCCGCUCACAGACGAUGGCAAGGCAUCGAAGAAGGGACGAUUAACACUGCAGAAAGCGUCGGACAUUGUCAGCUACUCCCCUGAAGACGUGUACAAGCCGCGCCAAGGGCCAGAUGGUGAAAAGGGCGGCACUGGCUUCUUGCACUUUACUCCGGAUGGCAAGUUUGUGACUGUGGCCAGCGGAAGGGGCGAUCCAGAAAAGGAUCUUUUGGUCGAUGUCUUCGCAGAUGGCCAGCUGCUGAAGGCACUGGGCAAACCGCACUGGGUUUACAAGACUUUGACAUUUAAGUGGCACAUCGCAGAGGAGUUAACGUAG